AGGAGGGUUUUUAGUAGGGCUUAAGAGCAACCUCCCCGCCUCUGCGAUUUCAAGUCCUCUCACUCUCGCUUCCAUUGUUGAGGUCUUCUGAGUUCUUCCCUAAUCACUACUAAUAUCAUCCCACCAUGUGGGCUCUUCGUAGAGCUUCUAUUUCUCUUAGGAAUCAAGGGUAUAGAGAAAGAACUUCAUAUUUCUUUGGCAAACUAGAGGUACCAUAUUCUUGGGAAGGAAAUGUAGCUGGUUUUAGAACCACUGCUGCUUUAUCUGAUCGAUGCAUCUCUUUUGAGAGAAACAAUCUUGCAACAUGGCCGACCUCUGGGAUUUAUAUUAGUAGUCGUGGUCUAUCUUCACAAGCUGGUGCUGAGAACAGUGGAGAGGAAGAUAACGUGGAAGAUGGAUUUUCUGAACUUGAUGAAACACUUCCAAGCACUAGUCCACUUGAAGAUAGUAAGGCAGCUAAUGAUAAUGAAGAGGAACUAACCUCUGGAUCAGAAAUUGAUGAUGGGACUCGAAAUGAACUUGAUUUACCCGAGGUAGAAACUGAACUUGCUGAAAAGAUAUCUAAAAAAGGUGCUCCUUCAGCGUUGUUCGAGGCUAUUUGGAGUGCUUCAGGUUUAUCUGUUCCUAGUGUACUUGAUAAGUGGGUCAGUGAAGGAAAAGAAAUAAGCCGGGCUGAUAUCUCUCUUGCCAUGCUCAAUCUUCGUAGACGCCGAAUGUUUGGGAAGGCUUUGCAGUUUUCAGAGUGGUUGGAAUCCAGUGGGCAACUUGAUUUUAUUGAGAGAGAUUAUGCUUCUCGCCUUCACUUGAUUGCAAAGGUUCAGGGUCUCCAUAAGGCAGAGAGUUACAUUGCUAAUAUCCCAAAGUCCUUUCAAGGGGAGGUGGUAUACCGAACACUUAUGGCUAACUAUGUGGUUGCCAGAAAUGUAAAAAAAGUGGAGGAAGUAUUUAACAAAAUGAAGGAACUUGGAUUCCGAAUCACGACAUUUGCUUGCAACAGGUUGCUUCUUCUUUACAAGAGGGUUGACAAGAGGAAAAUAGCCGACGUUUUAUUGUUGAUGGAGAAAGAAAAUGUCAAGCCUUCUCUGCUUUCUUACAAAAUCUUAAUAGAUGCUAAAGGAGAAUCAAAGGACAUGAUAGGGAUGGAACAAGUUGUUGAUACAAUGAAGGCCGAAGGAAUUGAGCUUGAUGUUUCUGCCCUUUCCAUAUUAGUUAAGCACUAUGCUUCAGGUGGGCUUAAAGACAAAGCCAAGGCCAUUUUAAAGGAGAUGGAAGAUGUUAACAUCAAAGGUUCUAAAUGGGCUUGCAGAAUUUUACUUCCCCUUUAUGGAGAACUCCAAAUGGAAGAUGAAGUGAGGAGGCUCUGGAAGAUUUGUGAGUCAAAUCCUCGUAUCGAAGAAUGCCUUGCUGCCAUUGUUGCAUGGGGAAAGCUGAAGAAUAUCCCAGAAGCAGAGAAAAUUUUUGAUAGAGUUGUAAAAACAUGGAAGAAGCUGUCCGCAAAACAAUAUUCUACCAUGUUGAAGGUUUAUGCAGACAACAAGAUGUUGGUGAAGGGCAAGGAACUAGUCAAGCAGAUGGCAGACAGUGGUUGUCGCAUUGGUCCGUUUACAUGGGAUGCAAUUGUGAAGCUCUAUGUGGAAGCUGGGGAAGUAGAAAAAGCAGACUCUUUCUUGGUUAAGGCUGUUCAAAAAAACCAGAUGAAGCCAUUGUUUACCUCAUACAUGAUUAUCAUGGAUCAAUAUGCAAGGAGGGGGGAUGUCCACAAUGCAGAGAAAAUCUUGUAUAAGAUGAGACUAUCGGGUUACGUGGCUCGAUUCAACGAUUUUCAAACUCUAAUACAGGCAUACAUUAACGCCAAAGCUCCGGCCUAUGGUAUGAAAGAGAGAAUGAAAGCAGAUAAUGUAUUUCCAAACAGAGAUUUGGCAAGAAAGUUAGCCCAAGUUGAUGCUUUUAGGAACACAGCAGUGUCAGAUUUACUUGACUGAGAAAUUUAACCUGAUACUUUUGCUUAUUUUGAGUCCCACAACUCAAUCUAGAGCACCAAGAGGAUAGUAGGGAAGAUCUUGUGGUGGUAUACCCAAACAUUCAGAGGAUUUUGCAACUGGAAAUAGAGAUUUCGUUGGUUCGGCCAAGGUAUGUUCUUGAAACCCAUUAAACUUUGUUUUUAGCAUGUUUAUUUUCAACCAAAAUUAAUGAAUUAGAAUGCUUAUAGAUCAUGAUUUCUUCCGUUACGUGAUGGUAUCGAUCCAACAAAGAUUACUUUAGAAAGUUUGAUAAUAACAU